CAAGGGGAGCAGUGGUGAGUGGGGAGCAGGGAGGGGAGCAGCGUGGGGAUUAUCGCGGGAGCGGAGCGGCACGCAUGGCGGCCCCGCACAGCAGCGGCAUCUCGCCGCUGCAGCAGAUGGCGGCGUCCGGCUCGGGCGCGCUGCUCACAUCGCUCUUCGUAACUCCAUUGGAUGUGGUAAAAAUAAGGCUUCAAGCUCAGCAGACUCCGUUUUACAAAGGCAAGUGUUUUGUUUAUUGCAACGGGCUGAUGGAUCAUCUUUGUGUCUGCAUGAAUGGCAACUCCAAGGCCUGGUACAAACCAGCACCAGGAUACGUCAAUGGCACACUGGAUGCUUUUGUCCAGAUCGUUCGAUAUGAGGGGGUGGCGUCGUUAUGGAGCGGCCUGCAGCCCACUCUGGUUAUGGCCGUUCCAGCAACAGUGAUUUAUUUCACGAGCUACGACCUCCUGAGGGAUUCCCUUGCGCGACACUUCAACUCCCAGCAUCCGUCCAUCCCUUUCGUUGCAGGAGCCGUGGCCAGACUCGGCGCCGUCACGGUCAUCAGCCCCCUUGAGCUGAUCCGCACCAAGAUGCAGUCGCGACAGCUGACGUACAAGGAACUGUCUGAGUGCGUGAGGCACUCGCUGGCCCAAGACGGCUGGCGCUCGCUGUGGCGAGGCUGGGGGCCCACCGUCCUCAGGGAUGUUCCUUUCUCAGGGCUCUACUGGCUGAACUACGAACUCAUAAAGAACGGUUUGAUGGGCUCGGCCGGAGUGAACCAGGCAACGUUCCUCAUUAAUUUCACAUCCGGCGCCGUCUCGGGCACCUUCGCAGGAAUCGCCACGUUGCCCUUUGACGUUGUAAAGACGCGCAGGCAGAUCGAGCUUGGAGAGAUGGAGAUUACACAAGGGGCAUUUCGUGACAUCUCAACCUGGGCAGCGAUGAAGAGGAUUUACUGGGAGUCCGGCUUGAGAGGGCUGUUUGCUGGCUUCUUGCCACGCGUUAUCAAGGUGGCACCGGCGUGUGCCAUCAUGAUCAGCACUUAUGAGUUUGGAAAGAGCUUCUUCCGCAAGCUGAACCAGCAGAGGGAGCUGGAGUCGGCGCUGGCGCUGCACAGUAACGAGUGAGUUCUCCGCGUGGAGUCGGUGGCCUCCCCCCACGAAGACCCGUGCCGCAUGGCCGCGACUCAGUGGAGCUGGCACGUGCAACCAGGCGGAGCGGGCGAAGCGCUGGUGACUACAGACACACAGCAGACUGAACGCGUGGGGUGCAGAAGUGAGGAGAAACUCGUGGCCCCUCCACACUCAUCAUUGUUGAAAGUGUCCUUGCAAGACCCCUGCCAACCUUGCUUUGUUACUUCAAUUACCAUCUGGGCCAACAUGUGAAAGUGUUCGAACAGUGUAUCAUAGAGAGGUCGUGUCCAAUUUUGGUGUACCAAACGUUCGAUAUAGCUGCACAAACGGAAGGACCUGCAUCAUUCACCAGUCAUUCCCUGGAGAAGCGCCUUUCAGAUGCUUGUCCUCUAUUCCACUCAUGAACUCCCCACUGUUGUCAGGUUCACAUAAUUCCCAUAGAUAGCACAAUUGUUUGUUCAGUUAUGGUCAUUUUUUUGAAUGCUACCAAUGAGUAUGUAUGAAUGCUCAUGGGCCAUUAAGUAGGCUGACCAUGCACUUAGAAUUAAAAAAAAUGGGACUUCUGAGUCGUGCAUAAUUUUGCUCACCACCGUGAUCCCUAGGAUUCCCCCCCAAGUUAAGAACACAAUCGUAUUUGUGUUAGUCGGCUGCGUGGGGCGCUGGUGAAGCACACCUGUGAUGUCGCCACCCUGCACGAGUGCGUCCUGCGAGGUGGCAGCUACGCUUGUGCUGCAGGCCGUGGCACUUAUUUGAAUGGUGACUGUAGAGUGUAGAACGUGGAUUCCAUUGAGUUCUAUUCGUGAUGUUAACACAGACAUGUGACGUUCAGACAUCUAUUACAAUCGUGCACACUAAAUAGAAUACAUUUUGAGGAAACCAGUGACAUAACUUUUGCCAAAUUCGUUGGCUAGCUGAGAAUAUCGAAUAUUAAAAUUCUAGUUUUAAUGCUCGUGAUGAAAAAAGCUCCUUAUUUUUACCUAUCCUGUUAUUUAUUGUGCGUGAUCAGUGAAAUAGCAAUAAUAAUUUAAGAUCAUUGAAUGAAUGCAGUUUAGAUUAAUGACAGUGAUUUUCGGAUGUUUGACAAUGUGCAUAUUUCAUGCCAAGAUUAAAACAAACCCCACUUGUU